AUGCACCUGAACGUGGACAAGCCGGACACGAUGCAGACCGAAAAGGUCCACAUCACGGCGACCGGACUGGCGCCUCAUCGACUGUUCACCAUGGUUAUGAAGUGAGUUGGAAUUAUUCUUAAAAGAAGUUGGAAAAUAGUUGCGUGUGCAUUGGAACUUGGAACUUAAACUAUUUUUGAUACGCAGAUUAUUGUUCAGAGUGAGACACAAUUACGGAACUCACAGCGCCACGGCGACUUUCCGUUCCAACGCUGCCGGAUGUAUCGACUUGCAAACGGACGCUCCGAUAAGAGGAACUUAUUCGGGUAUCAAUUUUCAAGAGAAAAGUGGCUUGAAAUCCGGCAAAAACUUCAUGCCCUGCACAAUCAAAAGAGAGCAUCUGUCUUAACGCACGACUCUAGUCUGUCUGCGUCUCUUUUCCCUCAGUCCGCAAGGUAGUAAAAACAAAAUGCAAAAAGGGCGCAGGCCAAGAGCAAGGAGGAUCCAGAAAAAGCAGACUGUUUUUGUUGUAGCGUGAUUAGGACGACGACAAAACUUCGUUGAAAAUUUUCAGCUCAGCAUUUCUUUCAUUAAAAUAUGGCUUUAUUCAACUUAAACCAGGCUUUUGCUACGUAGGCGGCCUGUGCCGGUCCGCACUUCGGGCUUCAUUCGUUUGCAAAGAACCCUGCGCGGGCUUUGGCCAGGCUUCAAAUAAAAUUAUUGAAUGCAAUCAAAAAAAUUUCUAUUUUUUUAUUCAAAAUUUUCACCAAAAACAUUCAUUUUAUUUUCAUUGCACUUUAAGUGAAAACGUGAUAUUUGUCGUAAAAAAGUCUGACAGUUAACUUGAAGAAAAUUACCGCUAUUUGGGUCUUGCCGACCUUUUUUUUUAGUCGGAAUCAAAAAAGGGCCGAUUGACGGCCUUUGCACGAGCCUGGCUGCUACCAUAUUUAUAAAACAAAAUAUUUUUUUUUCUGAAAUUAGGAGCCGAGCCGAUGGGACUUUUCAUGUCGCAAAUGCCACUGGAAGACUUUGCCUACGGCGGUUAUCUCAGGUGCACUCCGCCAGUUCCUUUCUACUACGAGCUCUCGUGAGUUUCUCGAUUCAAAAAGCUGAAGAAUGAAGGAUGUCAGAUUGUACGAUGAGAAGGAGAAGGAACUGGACCACAUAGUCAUCAAAAAACACUGGAUGCACCCAAACUUGACAAGAAUGGAAGUCGAAUAUGAAGGCUUCUAUGGAACGCUUUUCAAGCCCCCAGGUAUCAGAAGGUUGCGAAUACUUAGUGUUAACUUAGGUUAACUUAGGUGGUCGACUAAAAUUUGAAAGUUUUUCAAUUCUCGGCUGUUUUGAAUGUAUAUAUAGAGACCGCAGAGCCACGCCCCUUUUUGCGAUGGUGAAAUGCACUGGUUUUUUAGAUUUCGUGUUUGAUGUUUUCGUAAAAGCGCAAUACUGAAUCAAACACAGAGAAAUUUGGUGGAAACAUAGAGAAAACCUUCCUCUUCAAUCUCAUAUACUUUUCAUCCGAUUUUCAAAGCGUUUUAGCGGAGCGUCGUACAAAAAACCAAAACUACUUUUUUUCUUCGGGUUUUUAACCUAGUUCCAUGUCGUUGGCGCCUUUUUUUAUUUUCGAAUUCGAUUCUUAAGUGAAAAAAACAAAUCUUUUAAGACAAAAAAAUUAAAAAUUUUUUUACGGUGCCUAAUCUUCGUGAGGCCGCGCAAAGUUGAAAAUGUUGUACUCGCUUUCGAGAGCGUGUAAGUAAACAAUUUUUUUAUUUUUAACUUGUGGAUUAAAUUGUAACUAAAAAUUUUAUUAAUAUAAAACUUAUUCCGAAAAACUUUGUUUUCUGAGAAAAAAAGACAGUGAAAAAUUUCGAAAUUCAUUUUAACAUGGUCAGAUGUCGUUGGCGCCUUUUUUUAUUUCUUAAAUAUUAGCGUAUUUCAAUUUUUCAAUCAAUUAAAAAAAUAAAAUAAAAAAAUUUUAGCGGUGCCUAAAAAGUUUAAUCAGUGUUAGUUUGAAGCCAACGUUAAAAAUAAGAAAAAAACACCGAAAAACGGAAGCAUUUUUGAACUGAAUCUCUAUGAAUAAAUUAUUUUUUUAGGUGCUCCGAACACACGUGACUAAUAAUGGUUCAACUAUCAUAACUUUUUUUAAAAACAAAAACAGACGGUAAAUGCUGUACUUUGAGGUGAAGUGGUGUAUAGCGCGAACGCCUCCCAUCCCCGAGGGAUGGACGUGGAGCAGCGCAAGUGCCCUUGCAUACAGUUUUGAUAUCGCGAGUUCAAUCCUCGCAGCGGCCAUUUUUUUUAUUUUUCAAGAAAAAAUAGCUUUUCUUUUCAAACUUGUGGUUUUAUACUGUUUUAAUGACUUAUUACGACUUUGAAAACCAAACUAAACUACUAAAAAAUUUAAAUCCGAUAUGAAAACAAAAUGAACGACCAAAAGUGUGAAAUCUAAACUUUCAGUACUAAAUUUCGCGACUUUUUUCACUACUGUUUUGACCAUAACUUUUUUUUUUCUCAACCUUUUUCGAAAAAAACUGAAACUGUUUUGAAUAGUAAAUUAGAGCAGCUAUCCAAACCAUAGUAAUAUUGAAGUUCGAAAAAUUUUUUGAAAAUUCGUCUGCGGUCCCUAUUAGAGUUCUCAAAAUGACCAAUUGAAAAAAAUGACAUUUUUUUCAAAAAAACGAAAAAAAUUUUCUUUUUGACAUUUCAAACGAAUGUCGUUUUUUUGAAAGAUCAACCAAAAAUUGAUCACUUUCGUUCUUUUUCAUUUUGUGACUUUUUCAAAUAAUGACUGAAAAAAAUAAAUGGUCAUUUUCUAAACAAUCAUAUUCUGACUAGUAAAUAAAUGUUCGUCCUAAUGACCAAAUUUUUUUCAAAGUGAAAAAGUAAAUGGUCACUUUUUUUGACCAAAAAUUUCCAAAAUGAAUUUUAAAUGUUUACUUUUUUUUGACCAAAAAUUUUCAAGAGAGAAAUUUAAAUGUUCAUUUUUUUGAACAAAAUUUUUCAAAAUGAAUUUUAAAUGUUUACUUUUUUUGACCAAAAAUUUUCAAGAGAGAAAUUUAAAUGUUCAUUUUUGACCAAAAAUUUUUCAAAAACGAUUUUUUUAAAUGUUUACUUUUUUUCUUAGAAAAAAAUUUUUUUUUCAACUGUGAAAAAUUAAAUGUUCAUUUUUUUGGCCGAUAAUUUUUCCGAACCUGGAUUUUUCCGAACCAAAAUCCAAAUCAAUACUUUUUUUCUUUUUUUCCUCAUUCAAUUAAUCCAGAUAGCACCUUUCUUUCGUUCUGCUCAUUUUUUUGACCGGUUCUAUAUAAUUUUUCUCGGCCUUAACCGGCUUUUAGCUUUGCCCUUGACCAUCCAGAUCACUGUUUUCCAACAGAUUUAUUAAUUUAUAACCAGAAAUUAGUUUGAAUUUCGAAGUAAUCGAUUCAAGAUUUCAUUUGGAGAGACUGAGAUAGAAUUGACUCUGGCACAGAUACUGCCAAGUGCCGUAAUAGUAAUGAAUUAAUUAAUGAAUAAAUGUUUACCUUUUUUUAAACAAAAAUUUUUCAAAGUGAAAUUUGAUUGGUCACUAUUUUGACCAAAAAUUUCUAAAAUGAAUUUUAAAUGUUCAUUUUUUUGACCAAAAAUUUCUAAAAUGAAUUUUAAAUGUUUAUUUUUUUGAUCAAAAAAACUUCAAAAAUGAAAUUUAAAUGUUCAUUUUUUUAACCAAAUUUUUUUCGAAAAAAAUAAGUAAUUGUUCAUUUUUUUAAAUGCUCAGUUAUGAAAUUUAACCAAAAAUGAAGUUUUUUUAACAAACGGUUCAUGUGAAAUUUAACUAAUUGGUCGAAUUCAUCAAACGUUCGGAAAAAUGUUUGGUUGAACGUUCGUUCAAACAUUUACUUUUGAGAACUCUAGUCCCUAUGUAUAUAAAAAUCGUAGCCGUUUAAAGUCUAUCAAAAAUAUGUUUUUUUUUCAAGUCAGAAGAUCUAUCUGAACGUAACUCCCGCUGUUCUUAAAAUUCUCUAUUUGACUUGAAAUCAUAAAACCAAUAAAUAAUGAAACCAUAUAAAAAUAAUGAAAUAAUAAUCUCUUCUGUUGAAGACCCACAGAAAGAAAAAAAGUUUGAAAUAAAAAUUGGCAACCACUGGAGGGAAAAAAAUAUUCCAAUCCGACCUCAGACGCUUGAUCAAACUUUUUCAACUUCACGAGUGAAUAAUUUCGAUUUAAAAAUUUUUGAAAAAGUAAAAAUUUUUUUUUCCUCUAAAAAAAGAUUGAACUAACUAACUUUAGGAGAUGGGCCAUUUCCUUGCGUCAUGGACAUAUCUGGAACUGGAGGCGGGAUUCACGAACAUAAGGUUUUUUUCAAAAAAACUCCUCGAGAAUCAAAAACAAAAAUGGAAACGAACUCAGGGAUCAAUGUUGGCCUCCGAGGGAUUCGUUUGUCCUUUGCGUCGCGUUUUUUUCCAGUUCAAAGACCUUCCCUGAGAAAUUGGAAGACGUCGAUAUCGACUAUUUCAAGGUAUUUUUCACUUCAUAUUUUUUAUUAUACGGAAUUUUAAAGAAACCAAUCGAUUUCCUGUUGAGCUUGCCUUACACAGGGGAUCGAUUCGGAAUUCAAGGAGUUUCUUUCGGAGGAACUCUUGUCGACAUCAUCACCUCGCGUUUCCCUCAGGUAUCCGUUUUAUCUUACUUUCAAAAAUAAUUUUUUUGUCUCACAGUCCAUAAGCAGAUACAAAUCAAAAAGGGAAAAGGAAUUACAGAGAGAUAAAUAAAAAUAUAUUCGGACUAUUUCUGUGACUGUGCAAAUAAUUUACUAAAGAAAAAAAGUUCAAUGGAAUCCAAAAAAAUUUAUGCGGUUUUUAUUUCUUGGCUUUCCCAGUUCUUCGACGUUUCAAGAAAAAAAGAAAAAUUGAGGAUUUUCCUUGUUUUUUUCAAAUCAAAAAAAUAAGUUAAUUUGGCUCAAAAAUGAUUUUUGAUGUAAAUAAGUUCUAUGAAGUUUUGAAAUGUUCAAAAGGUAGAAAAAAACCUUUUUUUAUCCAACUUGGUAGACCUGACUUUGAAGUUUAUUCGAAUUUAAUUUUUGUCAUAAAAAUUAACGAAAAGCAACAUAAUUUUUAGUUCAAAGCGGCUGUCGUUAUCAACGGACCACAGGGACAGUGCUCCUACAUGCACAUCAAAGAGCACGGAAAAAAUAUGCCCGUCAUUGGGUAAUUCAUUUAUUCACAGCAGUCUAACAUUUCAGAAAAAAAAUGAAUGAUUUCUAAGAGUAUAAUAGACUAAUUUUUCUACAGAAUGGACGACACAAAGUGGUAUUUCUUAAACGGUAUCAUUUCGACACAACUUUGCCACAAGACGAUGACCGACUACAUGACGGAGGAGACAGAAACCGAAUGGGCCAGAAUUCCCAAGGACUGCGUCUUUCGGCUCGUGGUCAGCAUUUUCGCUCUUGAAAAAAUUUAGAGAAAAACGGUUUUCAAUUUGUAAUUUUUUGAAAAUUGGCGGCAAAAAAAUUUAGUUCCAAAAUCAUAUGAAACUUUGAAAUGAAAAAGAUUAUUGAACAAAAAAAUCAAAAGAAUUUGUUUUUUUCACUGAAACAGUGGAAAAACUUCAAAUACUUUGAAAUAUGAGUUAGCAUACUUAACUCGGUGCUUCAACAUGACUGGUAAGUAAAAAAUGUCUCAACUAGUCAAAAUUUGUUUUAAUUUGUAACUGCACCGAACUUUCUUGUUAAUCUUUCAGAAAAUAAAAAAUAGUCGAAUUCAUUCUUAUUAUCUUCAGACCUAAUGAAUACUUGAGGGCUCAAUGGACGAUUUGUGUUCUCCUUCCAUUCAUUCGACUUUCUACCGGAAGAAAAGACUCAACGAGACCGGACAUGAAGUUGAGGUGAGCUCAAAUUCAGUCGUAUGCGUCAACUUUGAUACUUCUAGAAUCAGAGUCCUUUUUGUUAAUGAAAAAAAUUGAAAUGGUUAAAAUGAACUAAUCUUGAAUAAUUUUUGAAAAAAAUGUGAUCAGUUUCUAGGUGGAACUUGUAAACGGAGGUCACAUUAUGGAGCCGCCCUACUUCCCGCAUCACCAAAUCGUCUACGCCAAGUUCCAAGGUUACAAAAAAACAACUUUUAUUUGGAUUCAAUGAAAGGAUAUGGUUAAAAAAAUAAAAUAAAAAAUAAAAAAAUCCAACUGCGCAUGAAAAAGUAGGUAAGAAUAAUAUAUGGAAUUUGAAGUUCAGAAUGUUGUCAAGCCGAAGUCAAAAAAAUGGGUUUUUCCGAAAUUAUGAAUUUUAUCAGGUUUUAGACAAGUUUUUUUUAUCGAAGAGUUAGUCGUCGGCGCGGGAUACGGUCCAUAAUCGUUGUCCAAUACGUCCCGCAGUGACAGCUAGCGUUGGGAAAUAAUGUUGGCCCGUUGGUAGUACCAGCGAAUAAACUGCUUCACCAUGUUGGAACAGUACGGCGCUCAGCUUGUCAAGGGCUGACGGGCGUCGGAAUAUUAUCCCAUGAGAGAGCGGCAAUGAGACCGACCAGUCGACGUGAUGAAAUGAGAUAAUAAUAUGAUUCAGCAGAGAUUUUCUUCAUCUUACUCUGAAGACUGAAUAAAUUGAAAUUGAAAUUGAAAUUGGCUUUUUUGGAUGACAAUCUAUCUAUUCAAAGAUAAAGACUAUUUUUUUAAUAUAGAUAUAAACAUUUUCUCAAAAAUUUCACUGCUGAAAUAUUGCUCAGGCUACUGAAAAAAGGAUAAGAAAUUCAGCAAAAAAGGCUUUGAAUCUUCAGAAACUGGCUGAUUUUUGAAAGGACCGUUUUUAUUUUCAAAAACUGGAUCGGCUUAACGUCUAAGAAAAGAAUCGUGAAACUUUUUGGGAGCAUUUUUCGCGCCUUUCGGACACGCUUUUACUUAGUAAUCAGUGAAGAGAGUACCUGACAAAAGCUCGUUUGUAGCUCAGUUUGAAAACAACAUCUCAAACAAAAACUUCAGCUUUCUACUGCGGCUACGGAGGCGAGCCGGUUCUACACGGGAAGAGCCAGGAAAAGUCGUGGGCCAACACGAUCAGUUUCUUCAAGAAAGUCCUCGGAGACACGCCGAGAAUGCCUGAUUGGCCACGGCUGCAGCACGUCCAACGGCCCGUCGACAAUCGCAGCCAUUUGUGA